AUGGAAGCACUCCUCCGCCAGUCCCAGUCGGUCUGCCCGUUCAUGAAGAGAGCCUCUGUCGCCACCAUUCGGUCUAUGAGCACCAGCGCUCGCAUUGUCGACGCAGCCAAACGAUGCCCGAUGAUGAAGCCAGCCCUCGCUGCCUCCGCUCGUGGUACCCGUGGUGCUGCACUCGGAGGCUGUCGAGCGUAUCACGCCGCAACGAACCCGCCACGAGCGAACUUGCAUACCACAGCACCCAAGGAGGCUCAGGCCGUUGACCUUCCGAGCCCACGAGACGGAUAUGCGCCACCACCGCAGGGUUCGAAGUAUGAUUACGAGGGCUUCUACAAGACGGAAUUGGACAAGAAGCAUAAGGACAAGAGCUACCGCUACUUCAACAAUAUCAAUCGAUUGGCGCAGGAGUUUCCAAGAGCGCACAUGUCGGCUCCGGAAGAACGGGUGACGGUAUGGUGCUCGAACGAUUACUUGGGUAUGGGACGGAACCCGCAUGUGCUGAAGCAGAUGCACGAGACGUUGGACAGGUACGGUGCUGGAGCUGGAGGGACUAGGAAUAUUUCCGGACACAACCAGCAUGCGAUCGCCUUGGAGAAGUCGCUGGCGGAUCUGCACGCAAAGGAGUCAGCGCUGGUGUUUACGAGCUGCUUUGUCGCGAACGAUGCGACUCUGGCGACUCUGGGAAGCAAGAUGCCGAACUGUGUCAUUCUGAGUGACAGCAUGAACCAUGCUUCCAUGAUCCAGGGCAUUCGGCACUCUGGCGCGAAGAAACUGGUCUUCAAGCACAACGAUGUGGCGGAUCUGGAGAGCAAGUUGGCUUCGCUGCCUUUAGAUGUGCCGAAGAUUAUCGCUUUCGAGAGCGUGUACAGCAUGUGCGGCAGCGUUGGACCGAUCGCAGAGAUUUGCGACUUGGCCGAGAAGUACGGCGCAAUCACCUUUUUGGACGAAGUCCAUGCGGUAGGAAUGUACGGACCAAACGGUGCUGGUGUGGCAGAGCACUUGGACUACGAGACAUACGCGAACGGUGGCAGUCCUCGAGGCACUGUUCAAGACCGUGUGGACAUCAUUACCGGCACACUUGGGAAGGCAUACGGUUGUGUGGGUGGCUAUAUUGCAGGUUCGUCACAGAUGGUUGAUACGAUACGCUCGCUCGCUCCAGGGUUCAUCUUCACCACUUCUCUACCCCCUGCGACCAUGGCCGGCGCGAAGACUGCGAUCGAGUAUCAGGCGAGCUACCAAGGCGAUCGGAGACUCCAGCAGCUGCACACACGAGCUGUGAAGGAGCAGCUUAAUGCCAUGGACAUCCCGGUCAUCCCGAAUCCGUCCCACAUCAUCCCUUGCUUGGUUGGCAACGCUGAGGUGGCGAAGAAGGCUUCUGACCUGCUCCUCGACAAGCAUCAGAUCUACGUCCAGGCGAUCAACUACCCUACUGUGCCUGUUGGUCAGGAGCGUCUCCGUAUCACGCCAACUCCUGGCCAUACUAGAGAGUUCCGCGAGCAUCUCGUGCAAGCAUUGGACAGCGUCUGGAACGAGCUCGGCAUCAAACGCACCUCUGACUGGGCUCGUGAGGGCGGCUUCAUCGGCGUUGGAGAGAAGGACGCCCAAGCUGUCCAGCCUCUUUGGACCGACGGACAGCUCGGUUUGACCGAAGUCGUAAAGGAGAUGAAAACAGGACAAGGUGCCUUGGGCGUGCUUGAGAACAUCCUCGAGCAGGAGCGUCCUCAGGUCCAGCAGGCUGUUGCAGCCGCCGCUUGA